AGGAAAAGUCUAUUUUGAGUAGAUUGUAUAAUCGAGGAGGAACUGCUAUCCCUCCUACUCCUUACUAAAGCCAGUGUGAUCCCUGAAGCAGGAGCAUUUGCAACAUGGACUGGUUAGAACAAGGCGAGACGACUGCCACAUUUACUAUUAAUGGAAAAGUAUACACUGCUGGUUCCGAUGUGAAUGCUGAUACAUCCUUGAACACUUAUAUCCGUGAAUAUGCCAACCUUAAAGGAACAAAAUACAUGUGCAAAGAAGGAGGAUGUGGUGCUUGUAUCGUCGACAUGACUUCAACAAACCCUGCAACAGGCCGAGAAAGAAGUUAUGGCGUCAAUUCGUGUUUAGUGCCCAUUUUGUCCUGCCACGGAGCGAAGAUUACCACCAUUGAAGGAAUUGGGAACAAGCAGAUGGGAUACAAUAAGGUUCAGAAGGCUCUUUAUACUUUCAAUGGAACACAAUGUGGUUAUUGCUCACCUGGCCAAGUAAUGAACAUGUAUAGUCUUUUGAGAGCUAAUCCAAAAAUAAAAAUGGAAGAAGUUGAAAAUUCUUUUGGUGGAAGUAUUUGCCGUUGCACAGGCUACAGACCCAUCUUAGAUGGUUUUAAAGCUUUGGCAGAUGAUGCUUCAAAUGACCUCAAAAUGAAAUUAGGAGAUAUAGAAGAUUCAAUUGGAAAAUGUAAUCUCAAAUGUCAAAAUGAUUGCAAGGACUGUUCAAAAAACAUCAAUGAAGAACGAGAGGAAGAUUUUUCAGACUUAUUUUUGGAAACAGCAAUGGCUUCCACAGUUGUGAACAUUUCAUUACAAGAUGAUGCCCGCUGGUACCGGGUUUCUACUAUUCCUCAAAUCUUCCAAAUAUUUGAUAUGAUAGGAAAUGCCAGUUAUAUGCUUGUCGCUGGAAAUACUGCUCAAGGUGUUUAUCCAGAUGAUAAACCACCUCAAAUAUACAUUGACAUAAGUGAUGUGAGAGCUUUAAGGACUGUGUCUGUUAACCAACAGAGGAUUGUACUAGGCGCCAACAUCACACUAAAUGAUAUGAUUUCAUUGUUCAAUCGAACAUCCUCUGAUAAUCCUUUGUUCUAUGGUUAUACUAAAGCUCUUGCAGAACACAUUGACCUUGUUGCCAACGUUCCUGUAAGAAAUAUUGCUACACUAGCUGGAAACUUGAUGACCAAGCACCAACAUAGAGAUUUUCCAUCUGACCUAUUCUUGUUAAUGGAAACUUGUGGAGGAAGAAUAACAAUAAGAAAUCGUUUCGGAUUGGAUGAAACAAUUAGUCUCCUUGAGUUUUUGAAUAAAGAUAUGAAAAAGAAAGUAGUUAUAAAUGUAAUUCUUCCAGCUCUAAGCAGUAGUAAUUAUGUCUUCAGAUCAUUUAAGAUAAUGCCUAGACGACAAAAUGUCCAUGCUCUCAUGAAUGCUGCUUUCCUGUUCAAAAUUCAAGAAAGUAAUAAGUAUACCGUGGAGGAGAAGCCAAAUAUUGUGUUUGGUGCCGUAGCUCCUAAUUUUGUUCAUGCAACAGUAACAGAAAACUUGCUGAAGGGAAAAUCUUUACUAAAUCCAAAAGUUCUAGAAGAAGCUAAGGCUACAUUAUCAAAAGAAAUCAACCCAGUUGAUGAUCCACCAGACCCCUCUCCUGAAUACAAGAAGAUGCUUUGUAUAGCUUUAUUUUACAGGUUUAUUCUCCAGUUGAAUGGAAACCUUUCAAAUAAAUUAUAUAGAUCUGGAGCAUACAAUUUGGCUAGACCCUUAUCUUCCGGAAAACAAGAAUUUUCUAUUAAUACCGAUGCAGCACCAGUGCAUCUGCCAAAACUUAAAUAUGAAGGAUUAAUACAGUGUUCAGGAGAAGCAGAAUAUAUUGAUGAUAUACCAUAUCAGGCUGGUGAACUCCACGGUGCUCUUGUAAUCACAGAUAGAGCAGAAGCUACAAUCACUAAUAUUGAUCCCUCACUUGCUCUAAAAACUCCAGGAGUGGUGGCAUUUUUUUCUGCCAAAGACAUACCAGGUAGGAAUUCCUUUACUCUGAUUACCUUCUUCAAUCCGGAGGAAGAAGAAGUAUUUUGCAGUGGUACUGUAAAAUAUGCUGGUCAGCCAGUGGGAAUCAUUGUAGCUAAAACUCAUGAUUUGGCUAUAAAAGCAGCUAUGAUGGUGAAAAUAGGAUAUACUAAUGAGAAAAAACCACUAUUAACAGUGAAGGAGGUGCUGGCAUCUGGAGAUCCAAAACGAUUACUAUUGUCCGGUUCUAUUACACCUACGAAAAAAAAUGUUGAUUUUGCGCACAAGAUAACUGGAGAAUUGGAGCUAGGUGCUCAAUACCACUUUACUAUGGAAUUACAGACAUGUUUAUGUAUUCCUUUAUCUGAUGGGCUGGAUAUACAUUCUGCUACACAAUGGAUGCACAACGUACAGGAAGGUGUUGCCAAUGUCCUAGGAAUAAAUUAUAACAAAAUAAAUAUAUUUGUGAAAAGAGUAGGAGGAGCCUAUGGAGCAAAAGUUGUUAGGAGCACAAUGAUAGCUGCUGCUUGCUCUCUUGCCGCACAUAAGUUGCAACAACCUGUGAGGUUGGUCCUAGAAAUGAGAACAAAUACAAAGGCCAUUGGAAAACGGCCUGCUUUACUAUCCAAAUAUGAGGUCGGAGUUGAUGAAAAAGGCAAGAUUCUUGGUCUUACAGUAAAUCUAUAUGAGAAUUUUGGAUCCUCUUUUAAUGAAAAUAUUAUCAUGCUCGCAUUAGAUGGAAUUGAAAGUUGUUAUGACAAAUCAACUUGGACAGUGAACGGUUAUUUGGUUAAGACAGAUAUACCCGGGACAUGUUUCGCUAGGGCACCAGGAACUCUUGAAGGUAUAACUACAAUUGAACAUAUUAUGGACCAUAUUGCAACGGUAUGUGAUCUGGAUCCAAUCAGUGUUCGAAGAGCUAAUUUUUCCCCGGAAUAUUCAGCAUCUGUUGAAAAUAUUUUAAAAGAUGCACUUUCAAGUUCAGAUUAUGAAAAAAGACUUUCUGAAGUCAAUGAGUUUAAUAAGGAAAAUAGAUGGAAAAAACGAGGAAUAUCUGCCAUGCCAAUAAGGUUUGGAAUUACUCUUUAUCCAAGUUAUUAUGCAAUAGUAUCAAUUUUUAAUAACGAUGGAACGGUAGCAAUAACUUCUGGUGGCAUUGAAAUGGGACAAGGACUCAACACUAAGGUAGUGCAGGCAUGUGCUUAUGCUUUAGGAAUUGAUAUGAAUAUGAUUCAAAUCAAAGUAUGUUAUAAUAAUGUAGUUCCGAAUCAAAAUUUUUCUGCAUCUAGUAUUACUUCAGAAUCGAUUGUUGCGGCAACUUUAAAGUGUUGUGAAAUACUCAACAACCGUUUGUCACCUAUUAGAACCAGACUGGGAGAUAAUCCUGCAUGGCAACUUGUUGUGAGCACUGCCAACGCUGAAGGUAUUGAUCUUUCGGCUAAAUAUAUGUAUUCUUCUACAAAAGAUCCAAUCCCAGCCAACUACCAAGUUUAUGGAGCAACUGUCACAGAAGUGGAAGCCGAUAUUUUGACUGGCGAAUAUCAAAUAACGAGGAUAGAUUUAAUAGAGGAUGCUGGUAACAGUUUGAGCCCAUAUGUGGAUGUAGGGCAAGUGGAAGGAGCAUUUAUAAUGGGACUUGGCUACUUUAUAUUUGAGGAGAUUGUUUACGAUAAACAAAAUGGCACUCUUCUAACAGAUAGAACUUGGGAUUACUGGCCUCCUGGACCAAAGGAUAUUCCAAUAGAUUUCCGUGUUAAAUUACUGAAGAACACGACUAAUCCCAAUGGAAUCCUGGGUUCAAAAACCACAGGAGAACCACCUUUAACUAUGGCAUUUUCGAUUAUUUUGGCAUUGCGUCCAGCUUUGAGGUCAGCUAGGAAGAACGCUGGUGUUAGCAAUGGAUGGUUUCCUUUUUAUCCACCAUGUACUUUUGAAAAAACUGCUCUUGCUGCAGCGACAUCACUUUCUGAUUUAGUAAUAACAUAGAUUAAAAAAAUUUAUUUUCAGUAGUUGCAUAAAAAAUUUAACAUUUUUAGUUUUACUCAGCAAUAUUUUAUUCUUUGUUAAACUAAACUGUAGAAAACUAAUUUUUUCAUAAUUUUAAUUGUAAAAAUAGUACAAUCAAAAUAAAAUCCUCUGUAACAACAACAAUACAUCAUAGAUAAUUUGUAACCAUAGUUUAAUUGAUAAUAAAUUGACUUGAAAAAAA